AGUUCUGUGUUCUCCCCCAGUCCUGUUCUCUCCAGCUGCCCUCCAAGAUUGUGUCCCUUAUCCUUUGGCGAAGGAGUUGAGUUUGACCCUUUACCACCGAAGGAAAUAAGGUACACAUCCUCAGUUCGCUACGACUCAGAGAAGCACUUCAUCGACGACGUCUACAUGCCUGUGGGCUUGAGUGUCUCCUCCUGCAGUCAGACAGUGAUCUGUGUCCCCAACUGCACGUGGCGCAGUUACAGGUCAGAGGUUCACUUCGAGCCCCGCAACAAGCCCCGGCGCUUCACCAGCACCACCAUCAUCUACCCAAAACAUGCCAAGACUGUGUACACCACCAGGCUGGAUUACAACUGUCGUAAGACCACGCGGAGAUUCCUCUCCAGCGUGGAGCUGGAGACGUCGGAGUACCUCGGGAACGAUUGUGGCCUGGAUGGUUGUUGA